AUGACCCGGUCAACAGACAUCGAAGGGGUCCAUGUCGAAUGGGACGCGGACCAGGAGCUGAGAAAUUUCUUACGGGAAGGAGGACAAGUGUUGGAACCACCGGCAUGUGCAGACAUUUCGACAUGCGUCAAAAAUGCAUCUCUUUUGGGACCUCUUCUGGUUCGCAUGGCUCAGAAAGAGCAUAGGGACCUCCCUGGUAUUGACCAGUUGAAAGAUGAAUUGGAGACACUGCUGAAGUCUAACAAACAGGGAAUGGAGUUAGAUUUUCUUGACCUCUCUAAGAGGGCGUGGGCUCUCAAGAAGUUGUGUGGCUUUACCAAAGCCAAAGCGCGUCGCCGAGAAGUCUCGACUGCCGAAGUCGAUGCUGUGAACGCGAGAGUCGCAGAGCGAUUGAAGAAACGGGGUCGCAAGGACACGAGGGCUGACGAUGAAGAUGCUUGGGACGAUUCGUCAUCUUCUGAUUCUUCUUCAGAAGAGGGUGAGGGUGGAGAGAAUAGAAAUGAAGAACCUGGUGAUGCAAGGGAUGAUGCAAGGAAUGAUGAAAUGGGUGAUGAUGGGGUUGAUGGAAGGGAUGCCCCUGCGGCUGCUAGUGCAGAACCACCUGCUGCUGCCCCAGUCGAAGACGCUUCCCUCCCAGCAACUUCAAGUAGCAUUCCCAAUCCAACCGAACCAGAAGUUUCCCCAGAGAUUCCGACACCUGCCACUCCUGCUUCUUCCAGUUCAACACCUAGUGCUGAGUCACAAGAAUCUUUGCGCAAGAAGAGAGAAGAGAUCAUGGAGAAGUUAGAGGAAAAGAAACCUGCUGCUGCAUCCAGCACAACAUCAGCCCCGUCAACAGCAGCACCGAUGCCAGAAUCAGAAGGACGAGGGCGGGGCAAAGGUAGAGGUCGGGGCAGAGGUGCCAAGCCAGCCAAAGACAUAGACCAUGAGAAAACCAAGGACAGCGCUGCUGAGGUUGACAAAAAGAGGAGGAAAAUAGCUACCCCCCAGAAUUCUCAUGAGCCAUUCUGGACGGAGGAAAUGGAGCAAGAGUGGGCAAAGUGGAAAGGGUAUGGAGAAGAGGAUUGGCUCGAAGAAGAUUGGAAGAAUGAUUGGGGGCAACCUGGUAAAGCCUUUGAUCGGUAUGUGAACAUGGAUGGGCAGGUAUCCCUUCAGAAGUUGAAGUGCAUGGAAGGUUCAAACCACAAGAGUUCGGGAAAGGCUGAAAAGACGGGUGGGGAUAAGCCAGGUGAGAAACAGGAUGUCGAAGGCAAGAAAAAGGCCAAGAAAGUAGACAACACCUCGGGUAAGAAAAGGAAGGAACCAGAAGUUCAGGAUGUUCAGGAUGUUGAGGAUGAAAGUGAUGAGGAACCUGUACAACCAGCCUUAGAUCAGAAACAACAGGUGAAUGCAAUCGCAAAGUUCUUGAGAGCCUUCAAAGCAAAAGGUUACAAGCUCAAGAAGCAUGAGGACAUCACAGAAGAGAUGAAGACCCAGUGGAAGAAAGAUUUCCCUGUUACGGAUGAAUGUCGAUACUCAAACUAUUGGAAACGGCCGGCCACAGGGGUGUUCCUCAAAAGCGAAAAAAAGGAUUUCGGUUCUUACUCGGUGUCUAGUGAGCUGGGGCCUUUUGACCUCCGACUGGCGGCAUCUUUGAAAGCGGCUGGUUUGCUGGUGAACUACAUCGAGGAGAAAGCGAACAACCCACGUGAAGCGGACUCCAAACUGAGUGAGGAUCCUGACAUUCUGAAUCUGAGGGAAGCCUUGAAGGUUUCAUGUGCAAAGGCAGUCAAACGUGUUGCCAAAGCUUAG